AUGUCCUUCUUCAAAAAGUUCAUCAAGCGUGGAGAUGCCAUCACUGUCGAACAUGAUCAACCAUCAACGCUCACCUCCAACAACACUUCCUAUGAACAUCAUCAGCAGAAUGGUCAUCAAAAAACUACACUAAUUCCGACAGCCUCUCACUCGGUUUCGGAGGCAGAUUUCAGCUUCUCAACUCUCGCAAUCUGUUCAGACCGCAAGGUUGAAAAGGUGAGCGAUAUUGCACCUCCCAUUCACUUAUCCACCACUUAUUCGAUGGAUUCUGACGUUUCUGAUGGCAUGAUUUAUUCUCGAGUUCAUAACAAAACACGUAGUCGUUUGGAGGCUGUCAUUGCAAAUCUCGAAGGAUCUAAUGAUUUCAAAAGUGUUACAUUUUCAAGUGGUCAAGCUGCAACCUCAACGUUACUUUUUACAUUAAGGCCAAAAAGAAUUUUCAAGAGAAUGGUUGAAAACUCGGAAGGAGGAUCAUCGGAGGAUGAAGCUGGUUAUGCAGGCACCAAGGAUUCAAUGGCCACGUUGCGAGCCUUUGCAAAUUUCUAUUGUGGACUUGUCAAGAAGGAACUUCUUCCGAAAAUUCCAAUCACCAUGGACGAGGAAGGCAAGAAGGUCGAUGAGAUUAUUGAAGAUCAUGUCAUGAAAGUGGUGGACCUUAGAAAAAUUGAAGAAGAGGUGGACAUGGAACAAGUCAUGCAAAAACAAGACCUAUCUUCGAAUUCAAAAGGAUUAUAUAAGGGAGAUGUCAUUUGGUUGGAGACACCCCUUAAUCCUACCUGCGAUUUGACUGAUAUUGAAUAUUAUGUCAAAAUUGCUCAUCAAAUGGGUGCUCUUGUGGUGGUGGAUUCCACCUUUGCAUCACCUGCAUUGCAGCAACCAUUAAUGAUUGGUGCUGAUUUUGCUCUUCAUAGUACGACCAAGUUUAUGGGAGGUCACUCGGACUGUCUAGGAGGUUGUGUCACGACCAAAUCAAAUGGCUAUGCUUCAAGUUUGAAAUCAAAUCGAUCUAUAUUGGGAUGUGUGAUGGGCAAUCUGGAAGCUUAUUUAUUGUUACGUUCAUUGAGAACUCUUCAAGUGCGAGUUUUACAUCAAUCCCAAACCGCUGAGGUGGUUGCAAAAUGGUUACAGAGUCAAAUUGGAAAUGAAGAAACAAACAUGCAAGUCAUUCGAGUACAUUAUCCAAAUCUUGAGCCCUUUAGUGAACAAGACACAACAGAGAAAAAGAAAUUAUCGAAUUAUGAAAUUUGUCAAAAACAAAUGAAUGGGAAAGGUCCUGGAAUUUUGAGCUUUGAAUUGAAAACUGUCGAAGGAUCAAGAACAUUACCGACCUUGUUGGAAAUUAUUGAACAUGCAACAUCUUUGGGUGGUGUGGAAUCCUGUAUUGAUUACAGACAUCAAUGGGAUAAAAGUACAAGCUCUACUCUUUUACGAUUGAGCAUUGGGUUAGAGUCUCCAAAAGAUCUUAUUGCAGAUCUUAAAACAGCUUUAUUGAAAUUGUAA